AUGGUUGUCGCGACAAUCAAGUGCGUCGUCGUCGGCGACGGUGCAGUCGGAAAGACAUGUCUUCUCAUCAGCUACACCACGAACAAGUUCCCCUCAGAAUAUGUUCCUACCGUCUUCGACAACUACGCCGUGACCGUCAUGAUUGGAGACGAGCCCUAUACGCUUGGUCUUUUUGACACUGCCGGACAAGAGGAUUACGACCGUCUCCGACCCUUGUCCUACCCCCAGACAGACGUCUUCCUCGUCUGCUUCUCCGUCACCUCACCCGCUUCUUUCGAGAACGUCCGCGAGAAAUGGUUUCCCGAGGUGCACCACCACUGCCCCGGCGUGCCGUGUCUAAUCGUAGGCACACAGGUAGAUCUGCGGGAGGAUGCGUCAGUAAAAGAUAAACUGUCCAAGCAGAGAAUGGCCCCUGUGAAGAAGGAAGACGGCGAGCGAAUGGCGCGCGAGCUUGGUGCUGUCAAGUACGUCGAGUGCUCGGCGCUAACUCAGUUCAAGCUCAAGGAUGUUUUUGACGAGGCAAUCGUAGCAGCACUCGAGCCACCGGCGACAAAGAAAGAAGGUGGAGAAAGAAAGAAGGGGAAGAAGUGCAGCAUACUUUGA